AUGUCUCAAAACCAUCGACAAUCGCGACUCUCCGUUCAUCCUCGGAUUGGACCAAGAGAUUCUAUCUUCGCCGGAAGCUCUGAUCUGUAUCGGAGCGACACUCACACUGUGUUCAGUCCAAACCUGCGCGAAUGCGUGCUUGCUAUGGAGGAUUGUUGCGACGAGGCGUAUGAAGCUCAACAACUCUUGCGGAACGGCACUUUUGAUCUGCCCCGAAUGACCACGAUCCUCGAGAACCAACGAGUAUUUUUGCUCAUAGACGAGAGCACGGUUCGCAAGUACAAGACUGAUCUUCGGGACGAGAUUGAACCUCAGAUCAACGAGUUGAUCACUCGAGCUGAGAAAGGACUCAAGGGGCUGCUGAAGAAGGAGGGCCUCCUUCACGCCAAGGUCGAAGCUGCUCAGUCACGGCCAGCGUCCCAGCUUGGAACAGGAGCAGCUUCAAAUAAAUUAGAGAGUCGACGAUUACAGUUACUGGUCAAGCAGCGUCAGCGACUUGAAGAAGAGCUCAAACAACUGGAAUCUGAAGUUUUGACAUUGGCGGGUGUCCCUUGCUUGAGAUUCAAUCGCCUAACUAAACUUCACUCCAGGAAUCUAAACACAAACGAUAGCGAAGCAAUCUUGGACUGCCCACUGUAUUGGUAUCUCUUUUUUUUACUUCCCUUAUACCUGCUAUCUCCCUAUAUAAUACUGUUUGUUGAUGAGUGUAGGUCAGUCCUUGUUAGUCCCUUCUCACCGAGGUUGCCAAUAUGUGGCUCUGAAGUUUUGCAAUUCGACGGAAGUGCAGAAAUGUAG